GCUCGGGGGCAGCGAUUCGAGCAGUUGGUGGCUGCUUUCGCUGGCGGGCAGACGCGCUUCACACACGAGCACGAGUGUGUGCCGACCAGCUGAUCGCACAGAAUCGAGAGAGAGGGCAACACUGAGAGCGGGAAGGCACGACGAGCGAAUCGGCCGUGAGAGAGAGCGCCGCGUGCGUUGGAGCGAGACGGACAAUUCGCUCUCAGUGCUAAAAAUAUUUGAUUCUUUUUUUUACGCGAAUGUGUGUGUGUGUGUGUAUGUUUUUUUUCUUGUUACACAAAUUGAAUAAAACUGUGUUUGAAGGUGCAUUCAAAUUUGUAGUGCAGUGUGGCUGUUGUUGUUGUUGUUGUCGAAAGUGGCACACCUAAAUGUCACGGGAAGGCAAGCAGCAGCAGCAGGUAGCGGCAGUGAAUGCCUACUAAAAAUAUACCCCACAUACUAAGAGCGCAGAGAUGAAAGCAUCCAAGAGCGCGGCGCGUGGGUAGAAGAAAAAAAAAAAAAAAAAAAAAACAACACAAAGCAGAAACGCCUUUCAUUUCAUGCACACAGACAAAGAGAGGCGGCAGUUAAUAUAUAUACAGAAGGCAUACAUACAACAUAGUAUAAUUGUUAGCAUAGCUGAGAUAAACAAUAAAUUGGCAGCCAGCCAGCCGUAGGGCGGCCAGGAAAAGCGCUUACGGCGUACUCUCUGGCUGGCGCGUCGCGCAACGGACAGCAAACAGGUGGAAUCGUCAACAAAGGCAGCCAGCUGCCAGCGCUGCCUCAGCCAAGAGCAAUGUCAAAGCAGCUGCACCAGCAGCUGCAGCAACAGGAAGAACUGAAUACAGACUCCACGUCCGACUACGAGGAGCAGCAGGAGCUGGACCAGCAGGCGGAGCAGGAUGCGUAUGACCCGCUGUCCAAUCUGCUGCGCCUGCAGCUGCGCAAGCCCAGCCACUGGAACUGGGAGCUGAACACCUCGCGCAGCUGCAGCAACAUAGCACUGCCCCGCAUACUGCUCUACGAUCACACGGGCGCCCUGCUGGUGAACGCGGAUGGGCACAGCGAGCAGACGUACCGGCCCAGCAGCGCGCAGGACUGCAGGCGCAAGCGGGCCUCGAGCAGCCUCAGCAGGAGCCUGCAGCAGGCGCGACUCGCCGGCAGGCUGAAUGGCCUCAGCAUUGGCGAGGCGACGGCCAGCAGCGAGACGCACUCGGCCCUCCGCUCGCCCGCGAGGCAGCAGCUGGCCGGCAGCUGCAUUGAAUUCAGCACCCACGAGCUGCCCGACUGGCAGCCGCAUGAGGUGGGCAGCUCGCGACGCUCGAGCUCGCUGCGCGGCGUGCGGCUGGCGGUGGAGGACGAGCGGCAGGCCAAGCCGCAGCGCACACAGGAAUCGGCGUACCCCACGCCGCCGUCCACCUCGACGCUGACCACUACGGCGAACUCCUCCUCGUCCGGUCCGCGGGAGAAGCGUCGCUACCGACGCUCGCAUAGCUCCGGCCAGCACUCGAUACUGGAGCGGUUCAGCAUGACGCGCGGGCGGCACUCAUCGCCCGAGUAUGCCCAGGAGCAGGAGCUGGAGCACAGGCCGCGCUAUUACCUCUGCAGCAGCAAGGCGGGCACCCUCGUCAUCCAAGAGGACAGCUUCAGUCGCGUGCGGCAGCGCCGGCGCCGGCAACGGCACUCCUCCGCCGACAACGUGCUGUCACCUCAUGGCAAGAGCCCCGCGGAUAGCGACGUGCAGGUCACGGCGCCCAAGCGUCAACAGUCGCAGCUGCGCUGCCGGCAGGCGCCACCAUUAACAUCCGACGAGGACGCCGACGCCCUAGGCCAGGGCCAGAGCCACAAGCCAUUGGCGAGGCACUCGCGUGGCAGGCGUGGCAAGCGCGCUUGCGGCAAGGAUUCGCCGGCGCCAGAGCUCAUCACGGUCGAUCCAGGCAACUGCAUCUAUAGAGCGGAGCCCUGCGCGACGCAGCGCUAACUCGCGGACGGGAUAUGCUCACGUGAGCAUCGAGACAACUUACUGUUACUUACAUAUAUAAAUAUAUGGGCCACCUCCUGCUUUGUUUUGGUCUUGAAAGCCAACUCUAUGUAAAUUAAUGCAAAUAAAAAGAAUAGCACACACAGUGAA